GAAGAUGAUUACCUUGGAAGAAGAUCUACGAUGAGCAGAGAGCUUGAAGGAACAUGGUACAGAAGCCAUUCUUUCUUUCGUUCUAUGUUCUGUUUCGACUUUCGAGUGGGAGAAAAUGGAUAAGACGAAGAAGAUUAACGAGCGGCUCUCCGGUCACCACCUUCCUCGUCGGGAGAUUCAAAGGAGGAUUCUCCGAUCGGAAGAGCGAGGAAAAUGACGGAAAGAUUUAACGAGUUUUGGCAAAGUUUGAUCAAUCGUUCUGGGUUAUAUCAGCGCAACUACGAAUUAGGUAUGUAACACGAAUCUAAUUUGCCUUUUUUGAUCUGAGAAUUUCCUCUUUCGUUUGGUAGUGAGUUUCUGUUGGAUCAUGAUAGUGUUACACUGUGACAAUACCUAAGAUGCUAGUGAUAACCCGUAUGAGUUUGCUUCAUUGUCAGGAUU